AUGAAGGCUGUUGAUAUCAAGGGUGGCAAGGGCGCGGCGGAGGACCUGUUCAUCAACUCCAUUGAGAAGCCCAAGCUAACGCCUGGCAAUGCCAUUGUCAAGAUCAAGGCCUUUGGCAUCAACCGCAUGGACAUCAUCCAACGUGUGGGCCGCUACCCUCUACCUCCGCAGGCGCCGUCCACACUUGGUGUCGAAUUCAGCGGUACCAUUGAGUCCGUCGGUGACAAUGACCACGGCUUCGAGAAUGGGGAGGCCGUCUUUGGUCUCGCCUACGGUGGCGCCUAUGCUGAGUACAUCAGCGUGAGCACCAAGAUGCUCAUCAAGAAGCCAGAGGAACUCAGCUGGGAGCAGGCUGCUGCCGUCCCCGAAACUUGGAUCACGGCCACACAGGCGCUCCAUCUCAUCCUCGGCAUGGAGAAGGGCAAGAGUGUCCUCUGGCACGCGGGAGCAUCGGGCGUGUCUAUCGCGGGUAUCCAGCUUUCUCACCUGGCAGGAGCAUCGGCUGUCUACGCCACCGCCGGAACCGAUGAGAAGUGCGACUUUAUCAAGAACAAGCUAUCCGCCGCCGGUGCUUUCAAUUACAAGACACAUGACUGGGCCGAAGAGAUCAAAAAGGCUACCGACGGCAAGGGGGUCGACUACAUUGUUGACUUUGUGGGCGGAAACUACUUCCAGAAGAACCUGGAUGUUUGCGCGCGCGAUGCGCGUAUCGUUCUCCUUGGUACCCUGAGUGGAGGCAAGGUUUCUGAUGCCGAUAUCAGCCAGAUCCUGUUCAAGCGAAUCCGCAUUGAAGGCAGCACCCUCCGCAGCCGCGACGAGGAUUACCAGGGCAAGUUGCGGGACCGUCUGGAGCAAUAUGUUCCGUCCUUUGUGAAUGGUGAUCUGAAGAUCAUUCUGGACGAAAUCUUCACCUGGGAGAAGAUUCAAGAAGCUCACAAGCACAUGGAGGACGCAAAGAAUUCGGGCAAGAUAGUCUGCACCAUUCCGUGA